CUUUCAACAACGACACUUGGUUCGGGUGCAAUGGAUCUGGAGAAGGAACUGAACGAGCAUGGCGUCAACGUGGUGUGCUCCAAGAUGGACACGAUCAUCAGCGUGCGCAUACACGGAGCAACGGGCAAGCGGCUGGUUGAGACGCUGCAGCUAGUGGACAACUUUGUGGCGUCGAAGGUUGCCAAGCUGGCCAAGUCCUGCGAAGGAAAGAUCUACUUUGAUCCGUGCUUUGGGCCAAACGAUGCAGAUUCCACGGGCAUGCUAGCACUGUGCAAGAAUGGCGACGUGAUUCCGUCCAAGGGGGGCAGUCAACAUCAAGCCAAGAUCAUCAAGAUGGUCAAAGAAGACAAGCUGAAAUGGCAACGUCCCAACUACGCUUCCGAGGCCAAAGAUGUUCUGGACGAGAGCGAGGACUCGGACAGUCGAGCUGCACCCGACGAUCCCGUUUUUUGUGAACAAGGGCAACUCUUCACAAAGUCGGCCAGCUCCGGCGACGUGAUCCAAGGCAAUUUAGGAGAUUGCUGGUUCUUGGGUGCCAUCAGUGUGUUGGCUACGCGCAUGCAGUUGCUGAUCCAAGUGUUUUGGCGGGAAGACCAAUACAAACAGCACGGCAUGUUUGUGUGCCGAUUCAUGAAGGACUUCGUGUGGCAUUACGUCGUGCUGGACGACCGCAUUCCUGUGUUUGGUUACACGAACAAUCGAGCAGGCAAACCGUUCUUUGCCCGCUGCAGCGACCCCAACGAGUUGUGGGUCCCCCUGAUUGAGAAAGCCUAUGCAAAGUUGCACGGAAGUUACGAAGCCCUCAUUGGGGGCUACAUCGACGUCGCCUUGAGCGAUUUGACAGGCCUGUGCUCGGAGCAAAUCAUUUUAAAGCCAGACUAUGCUGGGUAUGGGGACGACCCGUUUGCCCCCAAGCCCGGGGAACAAGCAGGCGAUGGGUUUUGGAAGCGACUGCUCACAUAUAAACGUAACGGCACGUUGAUGGGGUGUUCGAUCCAGCCCGACCCAAAAGGCAACAAAAAUAUCGUCGCCGAAGGCAGUGCGGGUCAAGGCUUAUACUACAAACACGCGUAUGGGCUCGUUGACGUGGGCGAGAUCCAGCUCGAGGGCAACAAAACCCAACGCCUCGUCAAAGUGCGCAAUCCAUGGGGCAUGGGGGAAUGGACUGGUCCAUGGAGCGACCAAAGCGACGAACGGGAAAAAUACGAUGCUGAAAUCCACCGCGUGUUCAAGACCGUCACGCGGCAGCUCGGGGCGAAUGUGUUUACGUCUAUGCAGUUGAAACGGAAUGUCAACUUAGCCACGGAGCCCCAGGAAGAAGUGACCGACGUGAAUCAAAACGACGGCACGUUCUUCAUGUCGUUCGACGACUGGAAGGCGCGGUACACCCACUUUUUCGCGGGCAUUGAUUUCGCGGACGAAUGGUGCGGGUUGCGGGUGGAAGGGAAGUGGGACGAAACAUCCAACGGCGGCAACACUACCAAGUCGACGUGGAUCAACAACCCACGCUACCAGCUGCUUGUGAAGGAGCGAUGUCACUUGUACAUGUCGAUGAGCCAGCACGACCCGCGGGGCUCGGCCGAGUCGGGCAUCUUUCCCAUUGGAUUCCACAUUUGCACAUUGCAAGAGGUCAAUGGCAACAAAUUCGAAGUCAAAGAGCCACCGAAAAAGGCGGCGCCGUAUUAUCGAUUGUACCAAAAAGCCAGCCAACCAGGGCUGUGCAAUGGGACACUUCUGGAGCCCUUGCCGCCUGGGGUUAUUCCCGGGUCUGUCAUUCCUGGAAUCGACGACGACGGCGUCCCCCAGCCGUCGUACACUCUCAAGCAAGCCGUGACCGUCGACUUGGUGAUCGAACCCGGCAAUUAUUGCAUCAUUCCUAGCAUGUACAUGCGCACUAACAAAGACACCGGCAAGACCAACAUGGGCCGCUUUUGGAUCUCCGUGUACGGCCAACGACCCGUGUUUCACCUGGAGGGGGGGCAGCCUAUUGUUGAAGAAGAGGAAAUGACCGACUUUUUAUCAAUUCCAAGGGGGCCUCCAGUUGUACCAGGUGUGCUGUCGCAUGCGUUCAAGGAGAUUGUCGUCCCCGGGGAAGCGCAGCAUCGCCAAUUUGAGAAUUUAAAGGACGAAAUGCUGGCCCAAGCGCGAGCCAAAGGCAUCGGAUAUCGCGAAGCGAAGCGCGAGUUUGCCAAUGCCGGCGCGCUGCGAAAGACAGAUUUCAAACGUCGGAUGAUGAACCUGGGGUUCAAAAUGGAUGAAAUGAGCGACGAAAAGGUGCUUAUCUUGUUCAACGGCAUGGACAAGGACAAGAGCAACACGAUCCAGGCAGAGGAGCUGCUGGAGUGCUUCAUGCUGGACAUUGAAGAAGAUCGAAUUGCAUCGGUCGUGCCAGAGAGAGAAGACGAAGAAGUGCCCGAGAAAGUCAACCAAGAGGGCAUCCUCGAAGUACACGUGGUUGGGGGAAAAGACUUGGCAAGUGCAGAAAUCAAACAGCAUACGCUUCCUCUCUUGACAUUGCCAUCCCUUUCGUUUUCGGCCAAGGAAGCCCUUCAACAUGGCACAUGUGUGUUGGACGUUUUGGAGGACAACCCCGCGCUGUUGCAAGACUUGCACGUGGCGUUCCUGCAGGCGUUGCAUCCCACGGACGCCGUGUUUCACAAGCGCAUUCAAGAACUUGUGACGAAAUACAAACAACCCAAGCAAAAAGCCAACCCCCGAGGACCGAAAAAGAAACUCAUUCGACACGACACGACCCCCGUCCAACAGUUCUUUGUGCUCGUGCAAUCAAGGCUCGACAUGUUAGCCGCGGCGGCAGGUUCCAACAGCCUGGCGUCCCCAACGACCAAGGAGAAACAAGUGUCCGAGUCACGCAAACCGUUCAACUGGGCCGUUAUCGACUCCACCGACUCGACCGUACGGUACCCCUAACCCUAUAAACCAG